AUGGAAGGCCUGGUCCAGCUUCUGUUGUGGCUCAUCUCUGGGGGUGCCAUUCUCUGCUCCUCGAGCUCCGAGUCUCCGGUCCCUUUCCUGCCACCCCCACCUCUGCCGCCUCCCGUCCCCAGACUUGAGAGGAUUGGUCUCAUCUCCCAGAGUGGCAGCCAGGAGCCAACCGCUUCCUAUGGCCUUUCCGGGCUAGAGGGGCGGUGGGUGUUCUCUACCUGCGGAGCUAGCGGGAGGCACGGCCCGACGCAGGCGCAGUGCGACGGGGCGUACGCGGGCAGCAACAUGGCGGUGACGGUGGGAGCAGAGGGCUCCCUGCGAGGAGUGCAGCUCUGGAAGGCCCCAGCCCUCGCCCGCUAUCUGAUCUCUGCCUACGGGGCCGCUGGCGGUAAGGGCGCCAAGAACCACAACUCCCGGGCCCACGGGAUCUUCGUCUCGGCUAUCUUCACUCUGCGCCAAGGGGAGCUGCUUUACAUCCUGGUGGGGCAACAGGGAGGGGAUGCCUGUCCCGGAAGGAGCCCGGAGAGCCAAGACGUUUGCCUCGGGGCGUCUUCCGUAGCUGAGGAGGAGGAGGAGAAGACGGCUGGAGCCCCCGGCUCCCUGGGUCCCAGGCGCUGGGCUGGAGGGGGCGGUGGCGGUGGGGGCGCCUCCUACAUCUUCCGGAUGCGGUCCGGACAACUGGAACCUUUGCUGGUGGCUGCGGGCGGCGGAGGCCGAGCCUACCUGAGAAGACGCCACCGAGGCCCACUGGGGCAAAGCUGGGAGAAGCUAGAGAACCGGACCGCGGCGCCCGGGACUGGCGGGAGGGGCGGCGCCGCAGGUGGAGGAGGCGGAUGGAAAUCUGGUGCCCACUCGGCCCAGGGCGGUCGCUCGCUAUUGGAGGGAGCGGAGGGCGGCCAAGGCUGCCCAGGAGCCUGGGCUGCGCUCCGCUGGGCCCCGACUGGUGGCUUUGGGGGCGGAGGCGGACCCUGCACCGCGGGAGGCGGCGGUGGAGGCUACCGGGGGGGUGAUACUUCAGAGACCGAUGACCUCUGGACGGACGGGGAAGAUGGCGUUUCCUUUGUACAUCCUAGCAGUGAGCUCUACCUGCAUCCUUUGGCUGUCACAGAGAACCACGGUGAGGUAGAUAUCCGGCUUCACCUCAACUGCAGCCACUGUCCUUUGAAAGAAUGUCAUUGGAAGCCUGAGCUGGGAGAGACUGUCUGCAUGUGCCCAGAAGGCACCAUGUUGGCUGGAGAUAAUAUCUGCACAGAAUUGCCCACUCCUCUGAGCCCUCUGGUCCUGAAUGUGGUGGUGGUGGUGGCCUCAAGCCUGAGCCUCCUCUUGAUCUGUGGGGGCCUAAUAGUAGCACACCAGCAGAAGUGGUGGGGCUUGUGGGGGACAAGGCUGCCAGGCACCGAGUUCUCCCUCAGCAAACUUCGCACCUCAGCCAUCAGAACUGCCCCCAACCCCAACUACUGCCAGGUUGGCCUUUGUCCACCCCUGCCCUUGCCCCUCCCACCAGGGCUUCUUGAGGUUCCCAGAGGCAAUAUCACCCUGCUCAGAGCACUGGGACACGGUGCCUUUGGUGAGGUGUAUGAGGGGUUGGUGCUAGGCAUUGCUGGGGACUCCACCCCACUUCAGGUGGCUAUCAAGACACUCCCUGAACUCUGCUCCCAACAGGAUGAAAUGGAUUUCCUGAUGGAAGCUCUCAUCAUCAGUAAGUUCAGCCACCAGAACAUCGUGAAAUGUGUUGGGCUCAGCCUUCGGGCUACACCUCGACUCAUCCUACUGGAGCUAAUGGCUGGUGGGGACAUGAAGAGCUUCCUGAGGCACAGUCGGCCUUACCUGGGUCAGCCUUCCCCUCUGACCACGAAAGAUCUACUUCACCUUGCCCGAGAUGUGGCCCGUGGCUGCCACUACCUGGAAGAAAAUCACUUCAUCCACAGGGAUAUUGCAGCCCGGAAUUGCCUCCUGACCUGCAGCGGGCCUGGCCGAGUAGCUAAGAUUGGGGACUUCGGAAUGGCUCGGGACAUCUACCGAGCAAGUUAUUAUCGAAAGGGAGGCCGAGCCAUGCUACCUGUCAAGUGGAUGCCCCCUGAGGCUUUCCUGGAGGGCAUAUUCACCUCUAAGACUGACUCCUGGUCUUUCGGGGUCCUGUUGUGGGAGAUCUUUUCCCUGGGCUACAUGCCUUAUCCUGGUCGCACCAACCAGGAGGUGCUGGACUUUGUCACUGGAGGAGGCCGGAUGGACCCGCCUCGGAGCUGCCCUGGUCCUGUGUACCGGAUCAUGACCCAGUGCUGGCAACAUCAGCCUGACCACCGGCCUAACUUUGCCAGCAUCCUGGAAUGGCUCCAGUAUUGUACCCAGGACCCUGAUGUGCUGACCACACCUCUGCCAGUGGACCUAGGAGCAGCCCUGGAGGAGGAGGGGGCCUCUGUACUGGGGAGCGGCCUCUCACACCCCCUGUCACCCCCCAGGGGCAUGGACACUCCCCAGCCUCAGGAGCUUCGGGCUGAUAAUCUUGGGACUUGGGGAGUGAGCUCCCCUGGACUCUGCCUCCCUCCUGGCUCUAAGCCCUGUAAGCCUCGGGGACUCCAGUUGCUGGACAAGAGGCAGAGUCUAUGGAAUCCCACCUAUGGGUCUUGGGCCUCCCCAGGGGCCGAGGGUGAAGACUCUGGCAUUGAAGAGAGUGGCACUUCCUCCCCCAGCCCCUCCCCAACCUUUCCUAGCUGUCCUGGCCCUGCCUCUCACUCACCACCAUACCCAUGAUGGUGGGUGCCGGGAGACACAGGGGGAGUCUCUCAGGCUGACAGGAGGGCCCUAGCCCAUCAUAACAAGGCAGCACCCUCUCCAGUCAGCUCAGCAUGGAGUGUCCCACUCCUUCCCUCGAGCUCACACCUCCCGCAGAUGGCCUGUGGCCAGAGCAACAGCUGAAGUGCCUGAAGUUUCCUGAAGCUGGGGCAGGCCUGGGAUUCCAAAUGGGGGUUCCUCUACCUUUGCCAACUCUGCCCACUGAGCUUGUAUCUACGGUGCACCAGAAUAAAAGCUGU